AUGGGAAACAGCAAAAGCAGCGCUUUGUCCAAGGAGAUUCUGGAGGAUCUAAAAUUGAACACCAAAUACAGUGAGGCUGAGCUCAGCGCCUGGUACACCACCUUCCUGAAGGAGUGUCCUAGUGGGCGCAUUACUAAGGAGCAGUUUGAGGGCAUCUAUGCCAGCUUUUUUCCCGACGCCGACCCCACUGCGUACGCCAGGCACGUUUUCCGCAGCUUUGACCUCAACGCCGAUGGCACGCUGGAUUUUAAGGAGUACAUAAUUGCACUGCAUUUAACCUCCUCAGGCAAAACUCUGCACAAACUCGAGUGGGCUUUUGCUCUGUAUGACGUUGAUGGCAAUGGAACCAUCAGCAAAAAUGAGGUUCAGGAGAUUGUGAAGGCAAUUUUCAAUAUGAUUCCUGUUGAGGACCAGACAAAACUUCCAGAGGAUGAGAACACACCAGAAAAGAGAGCAGACAAAAUAUGGAACUUUUUCCAAAAGAAAGAAAAUGAUAAGAUCGCAGAGGGUGAGUUCAUUCAGGGAGUGAUGGACAACAAAGACAUUUUGAGGUUGAUUCAGUUUGAUGAGCCAAAGAAGAUACAGGACAAACUGAAGGAGAAGAAAUUAUAA